UGGAGGAGGGGGGAGACCGAAGGAAAUGAGACAACCUUUUCCUCCCCCUGACUCGGGCUUCUCCAGCGGCUGCGGGGCUUGGCGCGGCCGCCCGUGAGCGCCCAGGCCAGGACCCCGCGUCUUCAGCACAGCCCUGGCUCCGGCGUCCGGUCCGCCGGAAUUUCUCUCCGAGGCGUUGGUACCCACCAAGCCCAGGGCAGCACUUUGUCGCGUCUUCCCCUCGUUGAUCGGCUCCCGAUCCCCUUGCUCGGCCCCGCGCGCCGGGAGCGCAGCCCCCGGAAGUGCGCGCCGGCGGUCCGGCGAAGAGUCUGAGAAGCCAACUGGAGUCAAUCAAGUUUUAGAACCUCUAUUGGCUGAUACCAAUAUCAUUAGGGAUGAACUGUUCUUACCUGCUCCUGACAGCACACUCUUUCCAGAAAAGAAGAGAGGGAGUGUGGCCACAUUGACUCAGCCGAAGCAUCUCCAGGAGGUCUUCUCUGGAUGCCACAUGAGGCUGCCCCUCAGCCACAGCACUGAGCACACGGAGAUGGCUUUGCUCAGCAACAUCCUAGCAGCUUACUCCUUCAUCUCAGAAAACCCUGAGCGAGCAGCCCUGUACUUCGUGUCCGGCGUGUGCAUCGGCCUGGUGCUGACCCUGGCCGCCUUGGUGAUGAGGGUCUCUUGCCACACAGACUGCCGGCGGCGUCCGGGGAAGAAGUUCCUGGAGGACCGAGAGAGCAGCAGUGACAGCAGCGACAGCGAGGACGGCAGCUCGGACACGGCGUCAGACCUCUCGGUGCGGAGACACCGCCGCUUCGAGAGGACUUUGAACAAGAACGUGUUCACGUCGGCAGAGGAGCUGGAGCGCGCGCAGCGGCUGGAGGAGCGGGAGCGCAUCAUCAGGGAGAUCUGGAUGAACGGCCAGCCCGAGGUGCCCGGGACGCGCAGCCUGAACCGCUAUUACUAGGCGCGCGCUGGGCUACGGCUGGAGGCCGCCUGGAAGGAGAAGGCGCUGCGGGACGCUGGGCGCACGGAACCCGAGCCGGCUCUGCUGAACUGUGGCCGCAGAGAACGGCAAGACAUGCCUUUCCCCCACCCCCCUUUUUCUAGCAAGGAGGGCGGAUUUCUCCUUUUUGACUGAAUCUAUGGACACAUAAAAAAACAAUUCUGUUCAUCCACCUUUCCAGGUGUCGGGAUGGUGCUGAAAACCCCUCUCCAACAACGUGAAUGGAGAUUGGAGAAACAGGACUAUGGUUUCUCUUGACUUCUGAGGAUCUCGGAAGUUUCUGCAGACUUCAUUGCUAUGUGUUACUCCUUUACAAAAGGAAAGAUUGGCAUAGCAUGAAGGCCGAGAAUAGCAGGGUGAGCCUCACCCAGUCAACGCAGUUUUCUAAAUGACUCCAUGCUUUGGAGGUGAUCCAUGCUUAUUAUUUAAGGCUGAUUUUUAAAAUCUUGUGUUGCAAUGGCAACCUCGUCCAUUUUAACUGGCACCUCAGGGAUUAAAAUCCUAUUUUUUAGUAUAGUUUCCACCUCAUGCGUGAAAAUGAACAGAAUUAUUGUAUUAUGGGAGACGUGUCAGUAAACUAGAAAAUGACAAUAACCUCAAAGGAUGAAGGGUUUUUAUUUUAAAUAGUUUAUAAAAUAUGUAUUGACGUGCAUAUUUGAAAAUGCUGCAAAAAAUGAAAAUCAUGUGUUUUCCCGCUCUUUCAAGAGAAGAAAGUUUUAUUAUGAUUCCACAUAAUCAGGAUUUUAAAUAUUUUGUUUAAAAAUAAAGUUUGGGUUUUUAAGAAAAGAAUAGAAAUGGGAGGUGAGGGUUAAAGGCAAAGUUAGGAUGGGAUUAAAAAAUAAAUGUUACAUAAAAGC